AAGGCGGUGGUGCGGCACCCCGGCGCGGAGCUGCCCCGCUAACACUUUCUCUGCUCCCCUUUCAGGAUUCUGGGGGAGGGCAAUGCCGGGCUCAUGGGCCUGGCGACGGAGUCGACCCCUGGCAAGCGGAUCCGCAAACCCUCGCUCCUCUACGAGGGCUUCGAGAGCCCCACCAUGGCGUCGGUGCCGGCCCUGCAAUCCCCCCAGGUGAACCCGCCUCCGCCGGAGGUUUCCAACCCCAAGAAGCCGGGUCGGGUCACCAACCAGCUGCAGUAUCUGCACAAAGUGGUGAUGAAGGCUCUGUGGAAGCACCAGUUUGCUUGGCCCUUUCGCCAACCCGUCGACGCUGUCCUUUGUCGGCAGGACUACCACAAGAUCAUCAAGCAGCCCAUGGACAUGGGGACGAUCAAGCGACGCUUGGAGAACAACUAUUACUGGGGGGCUGCGGAGUGCAUGCAGGACUUUAACACCAUGUUCACCAACUGCUACAUCUACAACAAGCCCACAGAUGACAUUGUGCUGAUGGCCCAAACCCUGGAGAAGAUCUUCCUGCAGAAGGUGGCCCAGAUGCCACCGGAAGACAGGAGAUCGUGGUGCCAGUGGCCAAGAACAGCCAUAAGAAGGGAGCGUCCCGGGCAGCAGAAUAACUGCGUGAAGCGGAAAGCGGACACCACCACCCCCACCACCACGGCCAUCAUCGCCACCAGCGGGGAGUCCUCGCCCUCCGCCACGCUGCUGGAGGCCAAGGCGGCCAAGGUCCCCGCGCGGCGGGAGAGCGGCCGCCCCAUCAAGCCCCCCAAGAAGGACUUACCGGAUUCGCAGCAGCACCAGACGUCCAAGAAGGGCAAACUGUCGGAGCAGCUCAAGUACUGCAACGGGAUCCUGAAGGAGCUGCUCUCCAAGAAGCACGCGGCCUAUGCCUGGCCCUUCUACAAGCCUGUCGACGCCUCGGCCCUGGGGCUGCACGACUACCACGAGAUCAUCAAGCACCCCAUGGACCUCAGCACCAUCAAGCGGAAGAUGGAGAACCGGGAUUACCAUGAUGCGCAAGAAUUUGCCGCCGACGUCCGGUUAAUGUUCUCCAACUGCUACAAGUACAACCCACCCGACCACGACGUGGUGGCCAUGGCCCGCAAGCUGCAGGACGUCUUUGAGUUCAGCUACGCCAAGAUGCCGGAUGAGCCGCAGGACGCCAGCCCGCCCUCGGUGUCGGCCCCGCUUGCUGGUGCCCUCUCCAAAUCCUCCUCCGAGGAAUCCUCCAGCGACGAGGAUGAGGAUGACGAGGACGAUGAAGACGAUGACGAGGACGAGAGCAGCAGCGAGAGCUCAUCGGAGAGCGAGGAAAGCUCCGACUCGGAGGAGGAACGCGCCAACCGCCUGGCCGAGCUGCAGGAGCAGGGCCCCGUUUCCAAACCCAAAAAGAAGCGGGAAAAAAAGAAAAAGAAGAAAUCGGAGAAGCACAAAGGCCGGGGAGGUGACGAGGAAGCCCGGGCGCGCCAGGCCCAGCUCCGUAAAGCCAAGAAAGCCAGCGGUGGUGGCGGCGGCGGGACCGGCGGNNGCUGCGCCAUCUCUCCCGGCAGGAACUCAAAGAAGGCGGCAAAAGCGGCUUUGCCGCCACCGCCGGCCCUUUACGAUUCGGAGGAGGAGGAGGAGAGCAAACCCAUGACCUACGACGAGAAGCGCCAGCUCAGCUUGGACAUCAACAAGCUGCCGGGGGAGAAGCUGGGCCGGGUGGUGCACAUCAUCCAGUCGCGGGAGCCCUCCCUGCGCGACUCCAACCCCGAGGAGAUCGAGAUCGAUUUCGAGACCCUCAAGCCCUCGACGCUGCGGGAGCUGGAGCGCUACGUCCUCUCCUGCCUGCGGAAGAAGCCCCGCAAGCCCUACAGCGAAACCAUGAAGAAGCCGGUGGGGAAGACGAAAGAGGAGCUGGCGCUGGAGAAGAAACGGGAGCUGGAGAAGCGGCUGCAGGACGUCAGCGGCCAGCUCAACUCCACCAAGAAGCCCCCAAAGAAAGGGCGCUCUGCGCUGCUGCUCUGCCUGGGAACAGCUGUGUCAGCCUCGGGGCUCCCUCCUAUUGGCUGA